UCGUUAAAACGAAAGAUGCAACCGAAAUGGACUAUAUAUUUAUUUAAGGUAUCUUUCUCACUGUACAUGUUGGUUAGCGUCAUAGUACUGAUCAAUCUGUUAAUCGCGAUGAUGAGCGACACAUAUCAAAAUAUACAGUCACAAAGCGAUAUCGAGUGGAAGUAUGGACUCAGCAAACUUAUUCGUAAAAUGCAAAAAACACGAACUGCACCUUCGCCGUUGAAUCUCGUUACAUCCUGGAUUCCGUAUAUUGGGAAAACAUGUAAUACUCGAAGCAACAAACGUAAGACGGGUGUAAUGCGUCUAUUCACAAGACAUCCAUUUAUUCAGGACAACGGAAUAUUAUCGCAGCAGCGCGACGCCAUUAAUUCCCCGUUACUUCGAUCAAGUCCGAUGGAAAGUCAAUUAUCUUUGAAACAUUCAAUGAGAAUUGAAAAUGUCGUCGAAUGGGAUCUUGUAAGACGUAAAUACAGGGUACGAUUUGGAGACGAAGUCGAGAAACCUCUUCCAGAAGAUUCGUCCAUGAAUAAUAGAAACCUCUAA